AUGAAUGCAACAUACAGAGCACGUAUGGAUCUCAGGAACGAGAGUUGCCUUAUUUUCGCAGAGAGGCGUAAUGGACAGACAAGAAUAGAAAAGUUAAUCUUAAUCUUAAUAACUAAUCUUAAUCAAAUGAUAUACACCAACAACAAAGGUACUUUCAUUGUCAGCGAGACUUUAGGUGAUAUUCUAAAAAUGAAAUACGAAAGUGUGGCAUGUAACCUUAUGUGGAACAAUUAUCAGGAGCCGAUGUUGGAUUUUAUUAGACAACAAUAAUGUCCUAAGAUAGUUCUAGAAUCAAAUAUGGUAGUCGUUGGCAUAAUAAUUAACUAUAACUCAGAACUAACAGGAAUAGUUACGAUGUUAUAA